AUGUUUUGAGUGAGUUACCCCUACUUUUCCAAACUAUUAACGGCAAUAACGUAAGAAAAGUUUUAAACACCCCAACUAUAAUUAGUUGUCAAGAGACCGCGUACUUUUCAGUUCAAAGUCUCCUUUGCACUCAUUUUGAUUUAUAUUUGUUUUCGGGUAAGCGUCAAAUAAAAAACCGGUCACCAUGGACGCAAUCAAAAAGAAAAUGCAAGCGAUGAAGCUUGAAAAGGAUAGCGCAUUAGAUCGUGCUCUCCAAUGUGAACAACAAGCUAAAGAUGCCAAUCUCCGCGCUGAAAAGGCUGAAGAAGAAGCGCGUGGACUUCAAAAAAAGAUCCAAGCUAUUGAGAAUGAUCUCGAUCAAACUCAAGAAGCUUUAAUGGCAGUCAACACCAAAUUGGAAGAAAAAGAUAAGGCUCUCCAAAAUGCUGAAUCUGAAGUAGCUGCCUUAAACCGUCGUAUUCAAUUAUUGGAAGAAGAUUUAGAACGUUCAGAAGAACGUUUGGCCACUGCCACAGCUAAACUCGCUGAGGCUUCACAAGCCGCAGACGAGAGUGAACGGAUAAGAAAAGCAUUGGAAAAUCGAACGAAUAUGGAAGACGAUCGAGUUGCUAUAUUGGAGGCUCAAUUAACACAGGCAAAAUUAAUUGCAGAAGAAGCAGAUAAAAAAUAUGAAGAGGUGGCAAGAAAACUUGUAAUGAUGGAACAAGAUCUUGAAAGAGCAGAAGAACGUGCUGAAUUAAGCGACAGCAAAAUCGUUGAACUUGAAGAAGAACUCCGAGUAGUAGGAAAUAACUUAAAAUCACUUGAAGUAUCUGAAGAAAAGGCGACACAAAGGGAAGAAACAUUCGAAGGUCAAGUGAAAAUUUUAGAUGCACAAUUGAAAGAGGCUGAAGCUCGUGCUGAAUUCGCAGAACGUUCCGUUCAAAAACUCCAAAAGGAAGUCGACAGACUCGAAGAUGAAUUGUUGGCAGAAAAGGACAAGAAUAAGCUGCUCUCUGAUGAAAUGGAAGCCACAUUGCAUGAUAUUCAAAAUAUGUAAUAAUUUUGUUGUGUUUGAUUAACUAAAAAAAAAUCGAAAAUAAUGUGCAUUACACAGAGAAAA